UCAAGACAUCGAGUCUGAUUGAGAGACGACCUUCUCAACACCACUGCAGCACCGACAACGGCAUUCGACAACGACCGCCGUCUUCUGCAACAACAAUCGGGCAGCCGUUGAUUCGUCGUUCCCGCGCCAAUAGAUGUGGUCGGCUACUUGCUGCCGCCCCAUCCUCCCCGUCGCUUAAGCCUCUGCCUCCGUCCACGCCUACCUCGCGCAGCCAUGGCGGUCGCAACGAGCGCCAGCCCCCUCCAGAGCCUCGCUGCCUUUGGCGGCAAGGAGAGCACCAAGACGGUCCUGCGAGUCAUAAUCUUGGCCCUGAUCGCUGGUGCUGCCAUUGCCAGUCGUCUCUUCUCCGUCAUUCGUUUCGAAAGUAUCAUCCACGAAUUCGAUCCGUGGUUCAACUUUCGCGCGACCAAAUACCUUGUCGCAAACGGCUUCACGUCGUUCUGGGACUGGUUCGAUGACCGGACAUGGCAUCCUCUGGGUCGUGUCACCGGCGGUACUCUGUACCCCGGCUUGAUGGUGACGAGCGGAGCCAUUUACCACCUCCUACGGUUCCUGACAGUCCCGGUUGACAUCAGAAACAUCUGUGUUCUCCUGGCCCCGGCCUUUUCCGGACUCACCGCAAUCGCAACCUACCUCCUCACAAACGAGAUGACGACGUCUCCUUCAGCUGGCCUGUUGGCUGCCGUCUUCAUGGGCAUUGCUCCCGGCUACAUCUCACGUUCCGUGGCGGGCUCUUACGAUAACGAGGCCAUCUCGAUUUUCCUGCUCGUAUACACAUUCUACCUCUGGAUCAAAGCACUCAAGCUUGGUUCCAUGCUUUGGGGAGGACUUUGUGCUCUAUUUUACGGUUACAUGGUGGCCUCGUGGGGUGGUUACGCCUUCAUCACCUGUCUGCUCCCAUUGCACGCAUUCGUUCUGGUAUGCAUGGGCCGUUUCAGCAUGCGCCUCUAUGUCGCCUACACCACUUGGUAUGCCCUCGGCACGUUGGCCAGCAUGCAGAUUCCUUUUGUGGGCUUCCUCCCCGUUCGCACUAGCGAACACAUGCCUGCACUCGGUAUUUUCGGCUUCCUUCAAUUGAUUGGCUUCCUCGAGUACGUCCGUGGUGCCGUCCCGAGCCGGCAAUUUCAGACCUUCAUGGUCGCAGGGCUUGGCCUCGUCUUUGGCGUUGCUCUUCUGGGUCUCUUCGGUCUCACCUGGGCCGGCUACAUCGCCCCAUGGUCUGGACGAUUCUACUCCUUGUGGGAUACCGGCUAUGCUAAGAUCCACAUUCCCAUUAUCGCAUCGGUAUCAGAGCACCAGCCGACAGCAUGGCCGGCCUUCUUUUUCGAUUUGAACAUGCUUAUCUGGCUGUUCCCAGCUGGUGUGUAUCUUUGCUUCCAGAAGCUCGAGGACCAGCACGUCUUUGUCAUCGUCUACGCCGUUUUCGGAAGCUACUUCGCCGGCGUGAUGGUGCGACUGAUGCUCACGCUCACCCCCAUCGUCUGUGUGGCGGCUGCCAUUGCCAUGUCCCAGCUUCUCGAUACUUAUCUGAUCGCCUCUUCCCCGGAGGUCGAAGAGUCCACCGAGGACGAGACUGACAGCAGCUCCAAGAAGGCUGGCAAGCAAGGAGGUCUGCGCUCCACCUCGGAUCCUUGGGUCGGAAUCUACAACCUCAUCUCCAAGUUGACUCUGGCUGGAUGCAUGACCCUGUUCCUUCUCCUCUUCGUCCAGCACUGCACCUGGGUCACAUCAAACGCGUACUCUUCUCCAUCCGUGGUUCUUGCUAGUAGAUUGCCCGAUGGCAGUCAGCACAUUAUUGAUGAUUACCGCGAGGCGUAUCAGUGGCUCCGGCAAAACACCAAGGAGGACGCCAAGAUCAUGUCGUGGUGGGAUUAUGGUUACCAGAUUGGUGGCAUGGCUGAUAGGCCCACUCUCGUUGACAACAACACGUGGAACAAUACCCACAUUGCCACUGUUGGCAAAGCCAUGAGCUCUCGAGAGGAGGUCAGCUAUGAAAUCAUGCGCCAGCACGAGGUUGAUUACGUUCUUGUGGUCUUUGGCGGACUUCUCGGCUACUCCGGCGAUGACAUUAACAAGUUCUUGUGGAUGGUCAGGAUUGCUGAAGGCAUUUGGCCCGAUGAGGUCAAGGAGCGUGACUUCUUCACGGCGAGAGGCGAGUACAAGGUCGAUCACGAUGCGACCGAGACGAUGAAGAACAGUUUGAUGUACAAACUGUCCUACUACAACUACGCAUCGAUGUUCCCGCCUGGACAGGCCACAGAUCGUGUUCGCGGCGUCAGGUUGCCCGAGCAGGGUCCUACCCUGACACACCUCGAGGAGGCAUACACGAGCGAGAACUGGAUCAUCCGCAUCUACAAGGUGAAGGACCUGGACAACCUCGGCCGCGACCACGCCGCUGCCGUUUCUUUUGACAAGGGCAACAAGAAGAAGAAGGCCGCCAAAAAGCGGGGCCCUAGAGUCCUUAGAGUGGAUUGAAGGAGUCGGGGGAAAGUCAUGAUGCCUUGACGUUGUUCCACCGGUCAGUUGUGCGCAACAGGCAGUGACCAUGGAUCGACCGAGUCUUUUGAGAAAGUCGGGCCUGGUCAUGUUGACCGCACGAAGUGUUAGGCACGAAAGAGCAAGGCGCGUACGAGACGCGCUAGAAACAUGUACAGCAAUCCUCAAAAUAUCAAGUAGCAUACAAAGUAAAGCUGUUUUACACGGAU